GCCUCUCAGAAAAUCUACCCAGGCUUCCACAGCACCAUGUACCGAGCACUCCGUCUUCUCGCGCGGUCGCGGCGCCUUCGGCGAGCUCCAGCCUCAGCCUCAGCUCCCGGCUCGAGUGGCGCGGCCGUCCCCCCAUUCUGGGUCCCGAACGCGGCUCGAAUGGCAAGCCAGAAUUCCUUCCGGAUAGAGUAUGAUACCUUUGGUGAACUCAAGGUCCCAAAUGAUAAGUACUAUGGUGCCCAGACCGUGAGAUCUACGAUGAACUUUAAGAUUGGAGGAGUGACGGAACGCAUGCCAGUAAGUGACUUUUGUGGAAAUGUUCACUUACUUUGGAUGAACGAGGCUGUAUUCAUAUUCAUUAGCAAUAGAGCAAUUGAGAUUUUAGGAGGCGAGCUUGGUAGCAAGAGCCCUGUGCAUCCCAAUGAUCAUGUUAAUAAAAGCCAGAGCUCCAACGAUACUUUCCCCACAGCAAUGCACAUUGCUGCUGCAGUCGAGGUUCACGAAGUGCUGUUACCAGGACUGCAGAAGCUCCAUGAUGCUCUCCAUGCAAAAUCCCAAGAGUUUGCGCAGAUCAUCAAAAUUGGGCGCACUCACACUCAGGACGCUGUUCCCCUUACUCUUGGGCAGGAAUUUAGUGGUUAUGUCCAACAAGUGGCGUAUGCAAUGGCAAGAAUAGAAGCUGCCAUGCCACGGAUCUACGAGCUCGCAGCUGGGGGCACGGCUGUCGGUACCGGUUUAAAUACUAGAGUCGGCUUCGCAGAAAAAGUUGCUGCCAAAGUGGCUUCACUCACAGGCUUGCCAUUUGUCACUGCUCCAAAUAAAUUUGAAGCUCUAGCUGCUCACGAUGCUCUGGUUGAGCUCAGUGGAGCCAUGAACACAACUGCUUGCAGUCUGAUGAAGAUAGCAAAUGACAUCCGCUUUCUGGGUUCUGGUCCUCGGUCAGGUCUAGGUGAACUGAUCUUGCCUGAAAAUGAACCAGGAAGCAGUAUCAUGCCAGGCAAAGUGAACCCUACUCAGUGUGAAGCAAUGACCAUGGUCGCAGCCCAAGUCAUGGGGAAUCAUGUCGCUGUAACGGUUGGAGGCAGCAAUGGACAUUUUGAGUUGAAUGUUUUUAAGCCGAUGAUGAUUAAAAAUGUGUUACACUCAGCCAGGCUGCUGGGGGAUGCUUCAGUUUCCUUCACAGAGAACUGUGUGGUGGGAAUCCAGGCCAACACAGAAAGGAUCAACAAGCUAAUGAAUGAGUCUCUAAUGCUGGUGACAGCUCUCAAUCCUCACAUAGGGUAUGACAAGGCAGCAAAGAUUGCCAAAACAGCACACAAAAAUGGAUCAACCUUAAAAGAAACUGCCAUUGAACUUGGCUAUCUCACAGCUGAGCAGUUUGAUCAGUGGGUAAAACCUAAGGACAUGCUGGGUCCAAAGUGACUUAAAUAAAUUUAUUUCGAAAAUAAACAUAUAUAAAAUAAAAA